CAACAUGGAAGAAACAUAUUUCUUAGAUAAAAACGAAACAAUUGAGGUGUGGGCCAAGGUUGUUCCAUUCCCGUGGCAAGAUAACAGACUGGUCCCUAGUGUUUCUGAUCCAUCGUUGCUGCAAUUCAAUGAAUCGUGUGUUGAAGAAGUUGUUUCAAAAGGUGUUGUUAUUCGCAAUAUGACUGUGCAAAUAUCUCAAGUUCCACGAGUUUCAAAAGCAAGUUCCUUUGACAAUAGAAGAGGCAAUGCAACGUUUCAAAUCACAAUUUUUGAAGAAACAAAUGAUGAUCCCGUACGCUCAGAAACAGAAAUUAUUGUUGAUUGUCCACCCGGAAGAAAGAUGACAGUUUACAGGGACGUGUUAAAUUGUCCUGAGUUUGAAAACUAUACCUUCACAAUACCAAGUGGGCAAUACUGCACAGACUGUAUCUCACCGAUCUCAGCAGCAACGGAACCCAAGACGGUGAAAUAUGAUUUUUCUUCUCUUGGCUGUCCUUUGGAAGCAAAUUAUUAUGAUGUGUUCAAACCAACGAUUCAACUGAAGGAAGACGGGAAAGUUUUGAGAAAUAUUACAGCAAGUUUUGUCGUAUUUGAGAUGAACGGAAGACUUGACUACACGUAUGUGGCCACCAUGGCUGAGGUUGGUUGUGUAAGGGAAGCGCAGACCUAUCAAAAAAUGAUUGAUAACGCGACUCAUAUGUCUGAUGCUUCACUUGCAUGGUCCCCAGAGAACUACAAAAGUUGUUUUGUGCGGGAGUAUAAUGAAAUGGGGAACUUACAUCAACCUUACGAGAUCUUGAACGAAAGUGGUUUGUCUGCGCUAACGUGGAACAGUGAAGGCAUUUACGUGUUCAGAGCAAAGGUCAUUGAUCCAGAAUACAGUUUCUGUAAUCUGACAUCGAUGUUUGCAGUUCGUGUUACUGGUAUUGAGAGCGCCCAGGAAGAGUUGAUACCGUUUCUUGUCCUGGGAACGUCAGUUUUUGGCUUGUUUUCUAUUAUAUUGAUUGUUUUUAUGACCAGCAAGUAGGAUAUGUUUCAAGUUGAGU